UUUUACCUCCGGACUCUAAACUUUCUACUGAGCAUCUGAACUAACUCUGAGUUGGGUCGGAGAUGGAGGUUUCUGCCUCUAGGUUCCUCAUCGACUCCCUGCUUUCAUUUAGGCCGCCUGGCGCGCUCUUCUCCCGGUCAGACUCUCCGGGACUCGGUCCGGACAGCGGCAGGUGCUCGGCGCCUCCUUCCAGGCGGAGAGAGGUCGUUUCCCGGUUAGAUUCUCCCCUGCUGCCCGCUCAGCUGCAGCUCCGUUCCGCUGGCUCGUCUUUUCUGAUCCGGGACAUUUUAGCAGACUGUGUUUACUCUGACCCGGGACAGAAUGGAGAGGAAGCCGAGCUGUUCCAGUCCGGAGCGGAUGAAGACAGAAGCGCGAGCUGCUCUUCUUCAGACAGUGAGUCCAGAGUGCAGGCAGCAGCUCGUCAGAAGAAGCCUCGUAAAGCUCGAACAGCAUUCAGUGACCAGCAGCUGUCCAGGCUAGAGACAAGCUUCCAGAGACAGAAGUACCUGAGUGUCCAGGAGCGGAUGGAGCUGGCCACGUCUCUGCAGCUCAGUGACAUUCAGGUCAAGACUUGGUACCAGAACAGGAGGACCAAAUGGAAGCGACAGUCGACUGCAGGUCUGGAGCUGCUGGCUGAAGCUGGCAGGAUGUUCUUGCCCACACACUACCUGUACCCUUCUGCCACACCUUCAGUGGACCUAUACCUGUACAGAGGCCACAACCACCAUCGCCACCACACGACCCUGCCCCUGCUACCCCACAGUGAACUACGUCCACGCUGACCACUGAGAAUGGGAGGGACUGGGGGAUUUGGAGGACUGUGUCCCUCUGGACAGCAGCUGCACAGACUAGUCUGUCUCUGCACCUGGAUCCUGUAAUGACCCUGAACCACAGUGCUCUUCAUCUCUGUUGGUUUAACAGAUGUGAGAUUAUCACAUCAAAACUCUGUGGAAAGGCGUCCCCAAGGACAUGCAGCUCCUCAUCCCCGUAAAGAAGCAGUCAUUUUGAAACUUUCUUCCUCCAUUGAUCUCAUUAUUGUUUAAGCUCAUCAUGUAGAUUUCUUCAUGUCAUUGUUCGAGUGUUUAAUCUUCAACCUAUUUUGAAAGGCUUGUCCUGUGUUUUUCAUGUUUGUCAUAUACAAUAGUAUAGAACUCUGUUUUUGAAAGGUUCUUAUUAAA